ACUGCUCUAAAUGUAUUAUGAGGUGUUUUGUUGCGUCUUAAAUAGUAACGCGGCUCUCAGUAUUUACAUGUUACCUUUUUUUUUUAUUGGAUAAUGAUUUUGUCAUUAAAACUGCGAUAAUUUAGCACGUGCUUAUUCCAGACUUCUUAUAGAUUGUUUUCAAAUUACAGUAAACUGUCCUAGAACUGAUCCCAUCGGGUGUGAUGGCAGAGGAGCAGGUGAGAGAGCCAGCUGGUCUGGAUGGACUGCCACCAAUGUACAGCAUUCUGAAGGGAGAGGUAGUUUCUGUUACAACAUAUGGUGCUUUUGUUAAGAUUCCAGGAUACAAAAAACAAGGUCUGGUUCAUAAGAGUGAGAUGUCGUCCUGUCGGGUGGAUAACCCGGCUGAAAUUGUUGAUGUAGGGGAACAAGUGUGGAUAAAAGUCAUUGGCAGAGAGAUGAAAGAUGAUAAAGUAAAACUGUCAUUCUCUAUGAAAUCUGUCAAUCAAGGCACUGGGCGGGACCUAGACCCCAACAAUGUUGUAGCAGAACAGGACGAACGUCGCCGGAGACAGUUUAGAGAUCAUACUGAGCAGAAGAUCACGCUGGAGGCUGUGCUCAACACCACAUGCAAAAAGUGUGGCUGCAGAGGUCACUUUGCAAAGGACUGCUUCUCCCAGGCUGGACUGCAGUACAGUUUAGUGCCAGAAGAAGAGGAGGAGCAGCCGCCACAGACCAGUCAGCAAACCCAAUCAGAGCCCCAGAAACGUAAAAAGGAAAAGAAGGCAAAGAAAGAAAAGAAGAAAAAGAAAGAGAAGAAAAGAGACAGCUCUUCAUCAGAUAGCAGCGAUGAAGAUGCCAAACGGCCACGGCAUUCACACACACAUUCAGAAAAGAAGAAAAAACACAAGAAACACAAACAUAAGUCAAAGUGAUUCUUUUGGUUUGCAAAACAGUUGCGAUAUGCAAGUACAAGCUUGUGCAAGAACGUAUUUUUUUUUUUUUUUUUUGCAUGUAUAACACGAUUAAAUGUAUCUGAUCGAUUUUGGAAUGUAUUUUUUUGUUAAUAUUAAAAGUUUGACCAUUAAAAGUGACUGGAUUCAUGUGUGAAGGUUAAAAGGUUCACUGCACAACCUCUGAAUGGCCUUUCACCCAGAAACACACAGAGACCACGCCCAGGCGCUUGAUUUAGAACACAUGCACGUCACCCGGCAGACACUGGAACAUGCUUAAAUUAGAAGGACCUCACAGAAAUAUGAGUGUGUAACACUGUUAACAAGCAAACACAUGGCACAGCACUGGAGUACUAGUUUGAAAUAUUGACACAAUAAAUUGCACAAGGUCAA